GGCUGCGGGCGCCCCAUGUGGUAAUCCUCUCGUGCAUGUCGCCCGCAGAGGUCGUUUCCAGGUUGUUUUCAGUGUGAGGGGCAUGGAAGGUCUGCGGAGGGAGGCGAGGGAUAAUCCGUCGGCUACAGCUAAUCUCCUCUCCAAGAUUUUCUUCUGCUGGCUGAAUCCCUUGUUCAGAAUUGGCUACAAGAGGACGUUAGAGGAAGAUGACAUGUAUAAAGUUUUGCCAGAGGAUGGGUCUAAAAGGCUCGGGCAGGAACUACAGUGGUAUUGGGACCGGGAGGUUCAGAGGGCAGCCAAAGAUGUGCGCACACCCAAACUCACCAAAGCUCUUAUUCAGUGCUACUGGAGGUCGUACUCACUCUUUGGAAUAUUCACUGUUAUCGAGGAAACCAUCAAAGUCAUUCAGCCACUGCUGCUUGGGAAACUGAUAGAGUUCUUUGAGAGUUAUGACCCCAACAACAAGGCGGCAGUCUAUGAGGCCUAUGGCUAUGCUGCAGGCAUUUCUCUGUCCACCACCUUCCUGGCUGUGCUUCACCAUCUCUAUUUCUACCACGUCCAGAGAGCAGGCAUGAAGAUUCGAGUGGCCAUGUGUCACAUGAUCUAUCAGAAGGCUCUCUGUCUUAACAGCACAGCAUUGGCCAAAACUACCACAGGACAAAUUGUGAACCUCUUAUCCAAUGAUGUCAACAGAUUUGAUGAGGUAACCUUAUAUUUGCACUUUUUGUGGGUUGGUCCUCUACAAGCAGCAGCUGUGAUAUUAUUGUUGCUGUAUGUGAUUGGCCCAUCAUGCCUUGCGGGCAUGACUGUCCUUGUCAUCCUGAUGGCAGUCCAGACCAUGUUUGGACGCUUGUUCUCCUCUCUCAGGGCCCAAACAGCAGCUUUAACAGACGACAGAAUACGCACCAUGAAUGAAGUCAUCUCUGGAAUCCGCAUUAUAAAGAUGUAUGGAUGGGAGAGGCCUUUCUCUGCAAUGGUGGAUGAGGUCAGAAGGAAGGAGAUUUCUAAAAUCAUGAAGAGCUCUUACCUGCGUGCGCUGAACAUGGCAUCAUUCUUUGUGGCCAGCAAGAUCAUCAUCUUCAUCACCCUGUGCAUCUACGCCCUGACAGGGAACAGGCUGUCGGUUAGCAGAGUGUUUGUGGCUGUCUCCCUCUAUGGGGCAGUCAGACUCACCAUCGCCCUCUUCUUUCCCUCUGCCAUAGAGAAGGUCUCUGAGGCUCUCAUCAGCAUUCGCAGGAUUAAAAAUUUUCUUCUUCUGGAUGAAGUUGCGCCUCAACAUCUGGGGCUUCCUGUGGCAGAAAAGAAGGAGUGUAUGGUGAAGAUUCAGGACUUAAUUUGCUACUGGGAUAAGAUGCUAGAUGCUCCUACUCUGCAGAACGUAUCUUUCACAGUGAGGUCAGAGCAGCUCCUGGCAGUCAUCGGACCUGUUGGAGCUGGGAAGUCCUCUCUCCUGAGCACCAUCCUCGGAGAGCUGAGCCAGGAAAAGGGUGUAGUCAAAGUCAAAGGAGAGCUGACCUACACCUCCCAGCAGCCCUGGAUUUUACCUGGUACGAUCCGAAGCAACAUCCUUUUUGGCAAAGAGUUCAACCCACAGAAGUAUGAUAGAGUUCUGAGAGCCUGCGCCCUCAAGAGAGACAUGGACCUCCUGCCAGAUGGCGACUUGGCGGUGAUCGGGGACAGAGGCGCCAACCUCAGUGGAGGACAGAAGGCAAGGGUCAGCUUAGCCAGGGCAGUGUAUCAGGACGCAGACAUAUACCUGUUGGAUGACCCACUCAGUGCCGUGGACGCUGAGGUUGGCAGGCACCUUUUUGAAGAGUGCAUUUGUGGACUAUUGAAGGAGAAACCUCGCAUCCUGGUUACUCAUCAGCUACAGUAUCUGAAGGCUGCAGAUCAAAUUGUUGUCUUAAAGGAGGGUCAGAUGGUGGCGUUGGGAACCUACAGUGAGUUGCAGAGCUCGGGCGUGGACUUCACCUCCCUGCUGAAGGAGGAGGAGGAGCAGGAGGAGGAGAGGCCUGUCACAACUCCCCUCCCUGGCUGUCUGACUCUCUCCUCCCGUGCCUGCUCUGAGGGCUCCAUGCGGUCCCUGUCCUCCUCUCGCUACUCUGUAAUGGACGGAGCAAAGCAGCAUCCUGUGGCAGAGCAGCCCAUGGAGGAGGAAAGCCGCUCAGAGGGGAAGAUUGGCCUGUGCCUGUAUGUGCAAUACUUCAGAGCAGGAGCUAACUUCCUGGUCCUCUUGAUCCUCAUACUCCUCAAUAUCAUAGCUCAUAUUGCAUAUGUUCUACAGGACUGGUGGCUUGCUUACUGGGCCUCUGAACAAGAGCACAUCAAUGCGACACAGCGCCUCAAUGGCAGCUUCCCCCAGCAGCUGGACCUUGACCUGUACCUAGGUGUUUACGCAGGUUUAACAGCCGCCUCGAUAGUGUUUGGCUUCCUGCGCAGCUUGGUCUUCUUUAAUGUCCUGGUGAGUUCAGCCCAGACGCUGCACAACAGCAUGUUUAACGCCAUCCUCCGGACGCCGGUGCGCUUCUUCGAUAUCAAUCCUAUCGGAAGAAUCCUCAACAGGUUUUCUAAGGACAUUGGUCACCUGGACUCACUGCUCCCAUGGACGUUUGUGGACUUUAUCCAGGUGUUCCUUCAAGUCGUUGGAGUGAUUGCAGUAUCAGCCGCUGUCAUCCCCUGGAUCCUUAUUCCUGUUGUCCCUCUGCUUGUUGUGUUCCUGUUCCUACGAUGCUAUUUCCUGCAGACCUCCAGGGACAUCAAGCGCCUAGAGUCUACAACUCGGAGUCCUGUCUUCUCCCACCUUUCUUCCUCCCUCCAAGGCUUGUGGACCAUCCGUGCCUUCAGAGUUCAGCAGAGGUUCCAACAAAUAUUUGAUGCAAAUCAAGAUCUCCACACAGCGGCCUGGUUUUUAUUCCUGACAACUUCUCGCUGGUUUGCUGUACGUCUUGAUGGAAUCUGCUCAGUAUUUGUCACCAUUAUUGCCUUCGGCUGCCUUUACCUGAGGGAUGGCCUGGAGUCGGGUGCGGUGGGUCUUGCUCUGUCUUAUGCGAUGACACUCACAGGCAUGUUCCAGUGGGGUGUCAGACAGAGUGCAGAGGUGGAGAACAUGAUGACUUCAGUGGAGAGAGUGGUUGAGUACACCGAGCUGGACAGUGAAGCACCUUGGGAGACGGACAAAGAACCUCCGUGUGAUUGGCCCAAACAUGGUUCCAUCACCUUUGACCGAGUCAGCUUCUCUUACAGCGCUGCUGGGCCUCUGGUCCUGACGAACCUGUCUGCUGUCUUCACAUCCAGAGAGAAGGUUGGCAUUGUUGGACGCACUGGUGCUGGUAAAAGCUCCCUCAUCUCUGCCUUGUUCCGGUUGGCAGAGCCUGAAGGACGAAUAACCAUUGAUGGUUUUCUGACCUCGGAGAUUGGUCUGCACACCCUGCGUCAGAAAAUGUCUAUCAUUCCACAGGACCCAGUUCUCUUCACGGGCACCAUGAGGAAGAAUCUGGACCCUUUCAGCCAGCACACAGACGAGGACCUGUGGAAUGCACUCCAAGAGGUGCAGCUGAAGGCCGUGGUGGAGGAGCUGCCCAAUAAGUUGGAGACGGUGCUGGCUGAGUCGGGCUCUAACUUCAGUGUGGGCCAAAGGCAACUGGUGUGUCUAGCCAGGGCCAUCCUCCGGAAAAACCGGAUCCUUAUCAUCGAUGAGGCCACAGCCAACGUGGACCCGAGAACUGACAGCCUCAUCCAGCACACGAUCCGGGACAAGUUUAAAGAGUGCACAGUCCUCACCAUUGCUCACAGGCUCAACACUAUCAUUGACUGUGACAGAAUACUGGUUCUGGAUGCUGGCAGGAUCCAAGAGUAUGAUGAGCCAUAUGUGCUGCUCCAGAACCAGGAUGGACUCUUCUACCAGAUGGUCCAACAGACAGGCAGAGCUGAGGCCGCCUCCCUGCUCCACACAGCCAAACAGGUUUACAUGAACAAAAGCCGAGUGGCAGACGUGCAGCGUGCCAAGGACAGCUGUGUCAUCUUCGAAACGUCACUUUGACAGUGUGGAGAGCUGCUGUGACCCUUGUGCAUGCCACCACUGACCAAAUCCCUUACCAUCAAAGGUGACCAAACACACUCGGUCUUUUAUAGUAAAAUGUCUUUUAGACUCCCAGUAGACACACUGUAGUAGUAUGUGCUACCCUUGAUUGGCACAGCCCUUUGGUUUGUAACAGAAAAGAGGCAAGUGUCUGAGGCAGGUUGUGCUUUUAUUGGCAGCGUAUUACUGUAUGGCUGUUUAUUGAUUACACUCCGCUAUGUUUAUGUAUGUGUGUUCUGGCCUCCUGGGUAGCUUUAAUCCUGCACUGGCGCUGGAAAGAGUUGAGAUAUUGGAUGUGUUUAUCCUGGUGCAAUAAAUUAUUGGUGACUUAAAUUAUUCCAGUCAAGACAAACAUUACUUUGUAGCGCUGAGAAUCUCUUUGAGGUAUCUGGAGUAUGCUUGAAGAAAACAAGAACCUGAGAGGCAACAACAAUGUUUUCAAUAAUUAUUGUGCCUUAAUCAGAGUAUCGAUCCUUUAUAAAUGCACUGUAAUAACUGAUUGGUCUUCUUGCACUUUGACCACAAUGUUUAUAUUGCUACCUCGGUUCUUAGUCAGGAAAUGACAUUAGCAAAGGUCAAAUGUGAAGCGUCUUGCUCUUGCAGUUAUAUUAACACCAAAGAGCAAGUGGUAGACUCUGUCGAUUUAAUGUCGCUGAAGAGAUUUUUUAAUUUGGAAAAAAAAUGAAUGUAUUAUAUCUUUUAUUCUGUUAUUCUGUUCAUACAGAACAAUUGGCUCCCAUGCUUUUGAAACCCUAUUACUUUUUUUUAUUAUGGCAACAAAAAUAGGAAAUUUACCACCGCCUUCAUGCAGCAGAAUGAAAAUGUGUAGCUUUCUAAUUUACACAGUCAUUCAGUGUUUAUUCUCUGUAUCUUCAGUGUUUGGUUUUAUCCCAGUGCUUGAGUUUAUUAAAGCUGCAGUAGUGACUAUUAUCUAGUAUUUCAGUGUUUCAGACUGUCUUUUAGUUAUUAAUGAGCCAUGCAAACCAUUUGAAUGUAAUUCCUCGAAUAAAACGAUAUUACUUGAA